GAGGCUGCAGCUUUCAGUCUGAGCCACCUGUAGCUCUCAGCGAGGAGACAACGACACUACAGCACCGUUAUAUAUCACCGUUACACCGGGAGAAUCACCGGGCUUCUUUAACCGACUGGUCCUCCUCAGUUCAGCUGUUUUACAACCAAAGACUUGAAAGAUGUUUCUCAGUUAUCUGCCUGUCGUGUUUCUCCUGGCUGCUGUCGUUAAAGGAAUGACAACAACUGAUUCCACCACACAUAAUGUCACCACCAAUGACACAUCCACCACUCCUGCAAUCGGCAAUCACUCAACAACCAGUUUUACAACUUUACCACCAUCCUCAGAAGCUACGGCAACUACAGAAAAUGCCACAGCAGAAUAUACAACUAUGACACCAUCAGCCACCCAUUCAGAGACGGCCUUCACCCAGCCAAGCACCGAGUUCUUGAACACCACAGCGCCAGUCAACGGCACUGUUACUGAGAACAGUAACUCCACCACCAGCCACCCAACCGACUCUCCAUCAGCUCCAACCAGCGGUACAAUGCUGACCGCUACAACCCCCACCAACACUAGUGAGACUACAAAUAUAACCACCACAACUACCAUUACACCAACCACAAGCAACGACACAACUACUACUACACCAACCACAAGCAACGACACAACUACUACUACACCAACCACAAGCAACGACACGACUACCAUUUCACCAACCACAAGCAACGACACAACUACUACUAGACCAACCACAAGCAACGACACAACUACUACUACACCAACCACAAGCAACGACACGACUACCAUUUCACCAACCACAAGCAACGACACAACUACUACUAGACCAACCACAAGCAACGACACAACUACUACUACACCAACCACAAGCAACGACACGACUACCAUUUCACCAACCACAAGCAACGACACAACUACUACUACACCAACCACAAGCAACGACACAACUACUACUACACCAACCACAAGCAACGACACAACUACUACUACACCAACCACAAGCAACGACACAACUACUACUACACCAACCACAAGCAACAACACAACUACUACUACACCAACCACGAGCAAUGACACGACUACCAUUACACCAACCACCAGCAACGACACAACUACUACUACACCAACCACAAGCAAUGACACGACUACCAUUACACCAACCACCAGCAACAACAUGACUACCAUUACACCAACCACCAGCAACGACACAACUACUACUACACCAACCACAAGCAAUGACACGACUACCAUUACACCAACCACAAGCAACAACAUGACUACCAUUACACCAACCAUCAGCAACGACACAACUACUACUACACCAACCACAAGCAAUGACACGACUACCAUUACACCAACCACAAGCAACGACACAACUACACCAACCACGAGCAAUGACACAACUACCAUUACACCAACCACAAGCAACGACACGACUACCAUUACACCAACCACAAGCAACGACACAACUACCAUUACACCAACCACAAGCAACGACACAACUACCAUUACACCAACCACGAGCAACGACACAACUACUACUACACCAACGACAAGCAACGACACAACUACUACCACACCAACCACAAGCAACGACACAACUACCAUUUCACCAACCACAAGCAACGACACAACUACUACCACACCAACCACAAGCAACGACACAACUACUACUAUACCAACCACAAGCAACGACACAACUACUACGACACCAACCACAAACAAUGACACAACUACCAUUACACCAACCACGAGCAACGACACAACUACCAGUACACCAACCACGAGCAACGACACAACAACCAUUACACCAACCACAAGCAACGACACAACUACCAUUACACCAACCACAAGCAACGACACAACUACCAUUACACCAACCACAAGCAACAACAUGACUACCAUUACACCAACCAUAAGCAACGACACAACUACCGUUACACCAACAACAAGCAACAACAUGACUACCAUUACACCAACCACGAGCAACAACAUGACUACCAUUACACCAACCACAAGCAACAACAUGACUACCAUUACACCAACCACAAGCAACAACAUGACUACCAUUACACCAACCACAAGCAACAACAUGACUACCAUUACACCAACCACAAGCAACAACACGACUACCAUUACAGUCACAACACAGCCGGGAAACAUCACAACAACUACACAAACCAACAACAGCACAGCAGGUACAAGUACAGUAACUCCGGAAAGCUCUACAGCUGUACUAACUACAACUACACUAACAAACUCUACUAACACGUCUCCUGAGACCCCCACGUCCACCACCAUACCCUCAGCCUCCACUCCCACCACUAACACAACACUCACAGCUGGACCCCCAACCUCUUCACCUACCUCCACCUCCAGCUCUCUCCCUACAAACACCUCCCCAGGCAGUAGCACCGCAUCCCCUACUGGAAAUAUCACCACCCUUAGUCCCUCAACAACAACCACAGGAGUGACUGGCCACACCACUUUGACUCAUUCAACUAAACCAGCUGGUGGAAAUACAACAGCCUCAUCUACCACCGCUACAAUCUCCCCCACCACCAUCAGUACUGGUACCACCCAGCGACCAACAGACAUCACUACCAACAACUCCACCACAGCAGCCCCACCCAUCCCUCCAGUCAUAGCGUGUCCUGCUGUCCCGUGCCCUCUUGAAAGCGUCUGUCUUGAUGGCACAUGCCAGUGUAUCUCUGGUAGCUUCCUGGUGGAUGGCCGCUGUGUACCCGCUCAAGUGUUCCCCGGCCAGCUUCAUAUCACCUCCUUGACAUUUGUAAACCAAAUGAGCAACAGGUCCUCAGAAAUAUUCCAGAGUACGGCAGCUGAUAUCUCAGCAGCGCUCAGAGAUGCCCUCAAAAAUCAGCCGGGGUAUAAACAGUCUGAUGUUGUACGACUUGAAUCAGGAAGUGUGCAAGCAACUGUAAAUAACAUCUUUGAAAAUACCACCGCCACUCAGGAAUCUGUUGAUCAGGCGAUUAAACAGGCUAUAACCAGCCAACAAACUGGAUUGUUGGGUAAUGCUUCAUUUACAAGUACAGACCUGUGUUUUCAGAAGCCGUUACCCUGUGAUGUCUUCACUACAUCGUGCGCAAAUACAAAUGGCCGGGUUUUAUGUUCCUGUAAAGAGGGCUACAUCUCCAUGCCGUACUCCAACACCAGCUGCAGAGUGUGUCCAAGUGGGCAGAGGGCAGCGGGAGACAAGUGUCAACCAUGUGCAUUCGGAUAUGCCGGCUUCAACUGCAAUGACUCCGCUUUGCUGGCAGUGGUGGUCAUCUCCUGUGUACUGGGAGGAGUUCUUCUCAUCAUUGUCCUGGCCUUGCUCGCAUACUGCUGCUGGAUGAGAUGCUCAGAGGGCAAGCCAGACUACAACAGCAGUCCAUACUCAUCAGGUGACGCAAACCAGCCGUGGCCCCCCGGCAUCACCCCCAUCCCCCGGGCCUCCACUAACUUUGAUGCAGCUCCUCCCAUAGAGAUGACAGAAGGGGGCAGCACUCGUGCCCUGGUGGACAAAAAGCAGCAAAACAACGGAUUGGGGUUUCAGGCGAAGAUGAAAGGAGGGAAAAAGGGAUCGUACGAUCUCAACCCAGAAGCAAUGAACACCUUCACAGGUAAAAAUCCAUCCCGUUACUCCUACCUGGUUCAAGGCCACGAGAACCCCUACUUCUUACCAGGAGACGGCAGCAAAAACUGAUGAAAUCCAGGUAGAAAUGAGGAUCAAAAAGAAACCACUGAUUGCUGAGUCUACAGGCACAUUUCCUCAGCAGGACCAGGUUAUUUAUACAUUGUUGAACUUGCUUGGAUUUAAUGACAAAUCACAAAGAACACUUUUUUUAACUGGGAAACAGCCACCAAAGAGAUUCAUUCAUACGAGCAAGAACAUUUGAACAAUUGUUUUUGUGCAGUGCAUCAUGUCUGUUGCUGAUCAUAACCAGUAGAUGUUGCUGUUGCUCAGUAUAACUGUCCUGUUGUUUUACAAGGUAGAUUUUACUUUUUUUUAAUGCUAUUAAUAAAUCAUCCUGUAGUCUCUUAUAUUGCUAAUUGCACUAAAGUGUGUGUUAAGUUUACUACCAGUUUUCCUCUCAAAUCAAAAGGUAAAUUGAAUGUGGGCUUUCAGGGGCUGCUAGAUAUUUUUCUUAUGGGUGUGAUUAUUUUUUUAGAUAAAUAAAUCUUGCACGACUAAAGGGGCUGGAUCCCUGGUUCAGGGUGUUUUUUAAAGGGAUUUAUAUCGUAGCCGUCUAAAGCUGAGUACUCUUUGUAUGUUGAAGCUGCACUUGCAAAAUGUGCCUGUUUUAAUCGUCUGUUUGACAAACAGGAAACAUGCAAAGCUGGUGAUAUAUAAAGCCUGUCUCCUGGAUGUGCCAAUUAUCACUUGUAUACAUUUCUUUUUAAAACUCUCAUAUAUAUAUUUAUCCUUGUGUGUCUGAGACAGUGCACUAUUUUAUAUGUGUGUAAAGGUUUUGUAAAUAAUUGAAGAUCUUUUGGCACUGAAUGUGUGUUUGUGUGCAAUGGAAAUAAAUUAAUUUAAACAGUC